AGGAUGACCCAGUGGUAUCAGCUACAGCAACUUGAUUCCAAGUUUUUGGAACAAGUUCACCAGCUUUAUGAUGACAGCUUUCCUAUGGAAAUCAGGCAGUACCUGGCACAGUGGCUGGAAAACCAGGAUUGGGAACAUGCAGCCAACAACGUGUCUUUUGCUACGGUGUUAUUCCAUGACCUGCUGUCACAGCUUGAUGAUCAAUUUAGUAGAUUCUUGAUAGAAAACAACUUUUUGCUGCAACAUAACAUAAGGAAAAGCAAACGUAAUCUUCAGGAUAACUUCCAAGAAGACCCAAUACACAUGGCAAUGAUCAUCUACAACUGUCUGAAAGAAGAGAGGAAAAUACUGAACAGUGCCCAGUUGUCAAAUCAGAUGCAAGUGGGGAGCAUACAGAACACCAUGACUGGGAUGCUGGACAAACAGAAGGAGCUUGAUGUGAAAGUUAAGGCUGUAAAAAACAGUGUUAUAGAUGUGGAGCAAGACAUCAAGACAUUAGAGGAUAUGCAAGAUGAAUAUGAUUUUAAAUGUAAAACCUUGCAGAGUAGAGAGCAUGAAUCCAAUGGUGUCUCGCAGGAGGAGUACAAGAAAGAACAGAUGAAUCUCCAGAAGAUGUUCUUAUCACUUGAUCUUAAGAGAAAGGAAGUGGUGAACAAGAUAAUACAGCUGCUGAACACCACAGAGCACACACAGAGUGCUCUUGUUAAGGAAGAGCUCGUGGAGUGGAAGCAGAGGCAACAGACUGCAUGUAUUGGUGGCCCACCCAACGCCUGUCUUGACCAGCUGCAGAACUGGUUCACCAUUGUUGCUGAAAGUCUACAGCAAGUUCGUCAGCAGCUUAAAAAACUUGAGGAACUGGAACAGAAGUUUACCUAUGACUCUGAUCCCAUCACAAAAAAUAAACAAGUUCUGCAGGACCGAACACACAAUCUUUUCAAACAACUAAUCCAGAGCUCCUUUGUGGUAGAGAGGCAGCCUUGCAUGCCAACGCAUCCUCAGAGGCCCUUGGUUCUGAAGACAGGAGUACAGUUUACUGUAAAGCUUAGAUUGCUGGUGAAGUUGCAGGAGUUGAACUACAACUUGAAAGUGAAAGUUUUAUUUGAUAAAGAUGUGACCGAGAAGAACUCAGUCAAAGGGUUCAGGAAAUUUAAUAUUUUGGGAACAAACACGAAAGUAAUGAACAUGGAAGAAUCUACUAAUGGAAGUCUAGCAGCAGAAUUCAGGCACUUGCAACUGAAAGAACAGAAAAAUGCAGGAAGCAGAACAAAUGAGGGUCCUCUCAUUGUAACAGAAGAACUUCACUCUCUGAGUUUUGAGACACAGCUGUGCCAGCCUGGCUUGGUAAUAGACCUAGAGACCACUUCCCUUCCCAUUGUUGUCAUCUCAAACGUCAGCCAGCUUCCAAGUGGAUGGGCUUCUAUCUUAUGGUUCAACAUGCUGUCUACUGAUCCCAAGAACUUGUCCUUCUUUCUGAAUCCACCUUACGCAAAGUGGUCUAAACUUUCUGAAGUUCUGAGUUGGCAGUUUUCUUCUGUAACAAAGAGGGGACUUAAUGCAGAUCAGCUGAGCAUGCUGGGAGAGAAGCUACUUGGGCCAACAAGCGGAGGAUCUCACGAUGGCCUCAUACCUUGGACAAGAUUCUGCAAGGAAAAUAUAAGCGAUAAAAGUUUCCCCUUUUGGCUGUGGAUUGAGGGAAUCUUGGAGCUUAUUAAGAAACACCUCCUGUGUCUCUGGAAUGAUGGCUGCAUCAUGGGUUUCAUCAGUAAAGAGAAAGAACGUGCCUUAUUGAAAGACCAGAGUCCAGGAACAUUUUUACUAAGAUUCAGUGAAAGCAGCAAAGAGGGAGCAAUCACAUUUACUUGGGUAGAAGGAUCUCAAAAUGAGCCCCAGUUCCAUUCGGUAGAACCAUACACCAAGAAGGAGCUCUCAGCCGUCACUUUCCCUGAUAUCAUUCGCAACUACAAAGUGAUGGCAGCUGAAAACAUUCCUGAAAAUCCGCUGAGAUUUCUGUACCCAGAUAUACCCAAAGACAACGCCUUUGGCAAAUACUACUCCAGGCCUAAGGAGGCACCAGAGCCUAUGGAUUUGGAUGGUCCCAAGGGAAACGGCUAUAUCAAGACUGAGUUAAUCUCUGUAUCUGAAGUCCACCCUUCCAGGCUCCAGUCUCCAGAAAAUCUGCUCCCCAUGUCUCCUGAAGAGUUUGAUGAGGUGUCUUGGAUGGUGAGCCCAGCAGAGAUUGAUACUGUGAUGUGUUCAGCAUAUUCAACUUAAAGGUUGAGCUUUUUACUGCAUCAUUAACGCACCUGAUUAGCUUAUGCAUCUCGCGCUGCAGUCAAUGACUUGGUGACACACUUCAGUUCUUUGGUUUCUCAACCUGAAGGUCCAGUAGCAAUUUUUAACUAAUGGGAAUAUACACAGCAGUCUGAGUAGCCUCCUUGCAUGCACUUUUUCGGUUUAGAAGUUCUUUGUUAAAGAAUUUCCAGUUAGCAAGAUACCAUGCCAGAGUGGAGGAAGAGAGGAGGAAUGAGAGGUCCUCAAGCAAGAAUGAUGGGAGAAACGUGCAUUUUUUAAGGGAAUUAGUUAAAUUUAACCUUUAAAACAGUUGGCUGUACAUAGAAUGCUUUAAAGGAAAGCUAGUUCUCUUGCAGAGGUUCUGUUCAGAAAGCUUGCAUCUUCUGUGUAACUACUUCUGAAGAAAUUUCAUAGCAUUGAAUUUUCAUCUGUGUUACAAAAAGUAACACUCCACAGGCAUAUGCCACACUGAAUCCAUGUGCUGCUGAAGUCUGUCCUGGUUUUAUCUUUUCUAAGGGCACGGCCUAUGGAGAUAACAUAAGCCAGAAAUGUUACCUGUGUUUCCUUUUUGCUUGUUUCUUAAGGCAGGGUCUUCUUGUGUAGGAUGUUUAGCACAAUCUUUUUCAAAGAGCACUUCUUAGGACUCCACCUUAAAGCUGCACUGGCAUGUGUGAAGCUUGCAACUCACUAUGUCCAGUCAGAACUGCAGCCUCUCCAGACUGCAGUCCUGCUGUCUAGCAGCAGUGUCAGACAAAGGGAGAACCUCCUACUUUUAGAGAUGCUAAAAGAGGUUAGAGUAUUUUUUUUACUCACUGCUUAAUCUACCAAGGUGAGGAUCUGGUCAUGCGUAGCUCUUACGAUACCUGCCCCAUUUAGGUUGUAACAGAACUUAAUUUUUUCAUGCACUGUGAACCAGGGCAUAUAUUUAAUUGCUGAUUUGAAAAACUAGAAGACCCUACAGGCUUUGAUAAUGUAACGUUUGCAAUGAGGGAUAAGGCACAGGGAAGCAAAGUUGUUAAAUUUAUACGGAGUAGUGGCUGCAGGAUACGCAGUCUUUAGUACUUUAAGGCUGAAGUUGUGCCUCCACCAGAGCAGGAAUAGGGUUGUUUCUCAGCAUGUUUGAAGAUCAGUAUAAGCUCGCAGAUGAGAGUCUGCAGCAGCUGGUCAGGCUGCCCGGGGGAGGCAGCAGAGCGGAGGGUGCAGGGGCUGGGCAAGCAGCUCCAGGGGGACCUGCUUGAGCAGGGGGGUCGGGCACCAUGGCCCCCGAGGCCCCCUCCAGAGAACCCUCCCACCGCAACCCCCCGGGUUGCUGCUGCAGCCUCUCGACCAGCCGCCGCUGGACAUUCCCAGUGCCCGGGAGGGCAGCGGCGGGCCGGGAGCGCAGAGCUGCCCUUCAGGAAUGCUAGGUUGGAAGCAGCUGCUGCUCAGGAAGUAAAUGGCUGGUUCUGUGUAGCCUGUUGUGCUCGGGAGGACUGACGUGCUCCCUGCAAAAGCCAGAGAGAAAGGAAAUCUAAAGGACCUGGAGCACAUAAUGUGCGUAUUGAAAUGAAAACCACUGCUAAACUGACUUGGUCUUGGUGCCUUGGGUUACUGAGGUUAACAGAGCUGGUGACUUAAUGCUUUUAUCUUACUAUAAGUAGCUGAAUGUGUAUCUAUUGUAGUACAAAAAGCAAGUAUUUGUAUCUUGAGCUACACAUUCCUUGUAUUCAUGUUCCAUAUGCAGCAGUUUGUUUCCAUUACUUUAUUUCAGUUUUAUUGACCAGGGUGAAAUUUGCUUGUGAGAUUUAAAGCAGUGGCCUUCCUUAUUCACGGCUCUGCCUUUACAUGGCAAAUAGUUCCAGAAAUAUUUUUUUUCCCCCAAUGGAAUAGUCUUUUGCCAUUUUAAAUAAAUGGAACUGCCAGUUGACACUUUCGUCUUGUGUUUUGGCUACUUCUGUUAUAAAGAUGAUGCAUCUGCCAAGAGUUUACUGUGUAUCUCAUUUUGAAUUUAAACAGUUAGAGCUCUGAAGUCUAAGGCAACAGAGAUGCUUUUAAUUCACUGCAUGGUUGCAGGUCAGGCUGCAUUACAGAGUUCCUAGAAGAUAGCUGUUAAGAAUGAUUUUUUUAAAUUAUUAUUGCUUGUAUCACAUCGUUGAUGUUUUUUCUUCCCAACCCAAACUUCAAUAAACUCAACUUGAAUUUCUAA